GGAGGCCGGGCGGUUGCUAUGACAGGGACGUUGCUAUGACAAGGCCGUUGCCAAGGAAGUGAUGGCUUGGGGGCGGGCGGCCGCGUUGCCAAGGAAGUGAGCGGUGGCAGCGGCGGGGCCGGGCCGCACCCUCCUCCCCCUGCAUCCGGCGCCGCCGCCGUUGCUGCUGCCGCCGCCGCCGCCACUGCGGCGGGACGGGGGCUCCAUGGUGACGGCGCAGGUCUGGAAGCACCCCUGGCCUUCCCCGUUCUUCUACCAGUUGCAGCUGUCUUAGCGCUAACCUGUCACCAUGUCGAAGUUAAAGAGUUCGGAGUCAGUCAGAGUUGUGGUGCGAUGCCGGCCAAUGAACAGCAAAGAAAAAGCAGCUUCCUAUGAACAAGUGGUUGAAGUGGAUGUCAAGUUCGGGCAGGUUUCGGUGAAGAACCCCAAGGGAACUUCUCAUGAGCUGCCAAAAACUUUCACCUUUGAUGCUGUUUAUGACUGGAAUUCCAAACAGUUUGAACUCUAUGACGAAACCUUCCGGCCUCUGGUGGACUCAGUGCUGCAGGGGUUCAAUGGGACCAUCUUUGCCUAUGGACAGACUGGGACAGGGAAAACAUAUACGAUGGAAGGUGUGCGGGGUGACCCCGAGAAAAGAGGGGUCAUCCCCAAUUCCUUUGACCACAUUUUCACUCAUAUCUCUCGAUCUCAGAACCAGCAGUACUUGGUGAGGGCUUCUUAUCUGGAGAUUUACCAGGAAGAAAUCAGGGACUUGUUAUCCAAGGAUCAGUCCAAAAGGCUGGAGCUGAAGGAGAGGCCAGAUACAGGAGUUUAUGUAAAGGAUUUGUCAUCUUUUGUUACAAAGAGUGUCAAAGAAAUAGAACAUGUCAUGAACGUGGGGAACCAGAAUCGCUCAGUUGGGGCUACAAAUAUGAAUGAGCACAGCUCCCGCUCCCAUGCCAUUUUUGUGAUCACCAUUGAAUGCAGUGAGGUGGGGCUUGAUGGGGAAAACCACAUACGAGUAGGGAAACUAAACCUUGUAGACCUUGCAGGUAGUGAGCGUCAGGCUAAGACUGGAGCCCAGGGAGAGAGAUUAAAAGAAGCCACAAAGAUCAACCUCUCCCUCUCAGCUUUGGGCAACGUCAUAUCUGCCUUAGUGGAUGGCAAAAGCACUCAUAUUCCGUAUCGGGACUCAAAGCUAACCAGGCUGCUUCAGGAUUCCUUAGGUGGCAAUGCCAAGACUGUGAUGGUAGCCAACAUUGGCCCUGCCUCAUAUAAUGUUGAGGAGACCCUCACCACUCUGCGAUAUGCCAACCGUGCCAAGAACAUCAAGAACAAACCAAGAGUGAAUGAAGAUCCCAAGGAUGCCCUGCUGCGGGAAUUCCAGGAGGAAAUUGCUCGGCUCAAAGCACAGCUGGAAAAACGAUCUGUUGGCAAGCGAAAGAAACGAGAGAGGAGGAGGGAUGGAGGUGGUGGUGUUGGGGAGGAGGAAGAUGAGGAGGAUGCCGAAGAUGGCGAGGAGGAAGGGGGUGACAAAGAUGACUAUUGGAGAGAACAACAAGAGAAGUUGGAGAUAGAAAAGAAGGCUAUCCUAGAGGACCAUAGCUUGGUGGCUGAGGAGAAGAUGAGGUUGCUUAAAGAGAAGGAGAAGAAGAUGGAAGAUCUGAGGCGUGAGAAAGAAGCAGCUGAAAAGCUGGGUGCCAAAAUCAAGGCAAUGGAAAGCAAACUUCUUGUUGGAGGGAAAAAUAUUGUGGAUCACACAAAUGAGCAGCAGAAAAUCUUGGAACAGAAGCGACAGGAGAUUGCCGAGCAGAAACGGCGGGAACGAGAAAUUCAGCAGCAGAUGGAAAGUCGUGAUGAGGAGACAUUGGAGCUAAAGGAGACGUACAGCUCCCUGCAGCAGGAGGUGGACAUUAAGACUAAAAAACUAAAAAAGCUCUUUUCCAAACUUCAAGCUGUGAAGGCUGAAAUCCACGACCUUCAGGAAGAGCACAUCAAGGAACGACAAGAAUUGGAGCAAACCCAGAACGAGCUCACGCGGGAGCUGAAGCUAAAGCACCUGAUUAUUGAAAACUUUAUUCCCCUGGAAGAGAAAAAUAAGAUUAUGAACAGAUCAUUUUUCGAUGAGGAGGAAGACCAAUGGAAACUGCACCCUAUCACCCGGCUGGAAGUCAACACUUUCAACGAACUGUCCACUACAGCCCCAAGAUCUCUCUCCUGGAAUCAACAAAUGAUGAAAAGGCCAGUAUCAGCAGUGGGGUAUAAGCGACCCUUGAGCCAGCAUGCUAGGAUGUCCAUGAUGGUCCGGCCAGAGGCCCGGUACAGGGCAGAAAACAUUGUACUGUUGGAACUGGAUAUGCCUAGCCGGACGACACGGGACUAUGAGGGCCCAGCAAUUGCCCCCAAAGUCCAGGCAGCUCUAGAAGCAGCUUUGCAAGAUGAAGACGAGAUUCAAGUGGAUGCCUCCACUUUUGAGAGUACCACAAAUAAGAAGUCAAAAUCCAGGCCUAAAACUGGAAGGAAGUCUGGAGGCUCUUCUUCCUCUGGCACCUCUGGGUCCCAACUCUACCCCCAGUCUCGGGGGCUGGUCCCCAAAUAAAAGCAGGAGUUCCUUGUCGGGGCAUGGCUAACAUCUUGCUUUUUGAAUUGCUGAGCCAAGUGAGAAGCUGCAGAGAGGACUUGUGGCCAGAUCUCCAGCUGUUCCUUUGUGAAGAAGCAGUGGCGCCCUCUGCAGCUGAACUGAGGUGUGUCGAGCAGGGGGAGUUCGUGAUGGACUUCUGCCCUGCGUGAUGGAACUUGCUUUCUCUUUGGCAGUUGGUCUCGAAGGGCAAAGAGACUUUAGUUAGGAAAUCAGAAAUGCAUGAGGUACAUUAGUGUGUGUUAGAAGUGACAAGAAGCAUGGGGGCGGUGGGGAGGUCGCCUUGCUGUGCUGCUCUCUCUCCUCCUCUUACUGUCUUCUUGCUGCACUUGGCUCUCUUGCCCUUGAGGCAGCGGGGUGGAGCCAAAAGUCAUCUCCGCAAAACUAGCUGCCCAGGACUUCCCGAUGCACUGAAUCUUGUGAGGCUGAUAAGUGACAAAGAGCUUUCCCAGCCGUGGCCGAUGGGAUAUUUUCCUUUCUUUCCGUCAGAAGACUGGCAUCUUUUGACUGGGGGUGGGGGGUCUAUAAACCUGAGGAGAGGUGAAAUUGGAAUGCAUCUUCUAACUAGUUAAACAUGUUUCCUUUUUGAAAUACAGACCAAAGGAGGGCUUUGAGAACCUGCUCUCCUCCUUCUGGAGCUGAAGCAAUAGAAACUUAAUAAAUCCUUUCACUUGUUUACAAGGAGGAUUGGGAAGGAUUCUUCCAGGUGGGAUUCCUAGAGCUCAGCUGUGACCGGGGGUCUCCCUUGUCCCACAGGAAGCCUGUGUCCAAGUGGUGAGUUCCAUGCUCACAUUCUUUCUCUGACCACCAUCUCACUUCUUCUGUUGUCCUCUACCCAGAGACCCUCUGCUUGGGGCAUAUCGCGGCCAUUGCUUUGUCUUCCACAAUCCACUUGGCCUCUGUGGCUUUUUCAGGCUAGUUCUACUUUUCCUCUGCAACAAGGAUGGAAGUGAAAUUAUUAUCAGUUCAUGUUCUCCUAUCAAAUACAGAAUGUUUCAUUGGGAUCAGAAAGAGGUUUAAAGCCAGAGUUGCCUCUUAUUCUCAUCCUGUCCUGAGUGUGUAAGAUCUUGAAGUGUUUGAGACCCUCUCAGCUGAAUGAGGAUGAGAUUUAGGAUAGACUUUGAGGGAAGAGAACUGUGCCAGUUCCAUUGAUGAGGCCUGUACUAGAACCUCCUGCUUCUAAAUAGUCUCUCUCUCUCUUUAUCCCCUUUGAACAAUGCUGGCUGUUGAACAAUAUAUGGGAAGUGAGAUGCUACUCAAUGGGGUAGGGUCAAAAGGCUGAAGAAGGUGCCCUCUCAGUGUAUCAUUUUGCAGUUCAGUUUGUAAGUUUAAAAUUGAUGUAUAUUGAGAAUUCAGUUGUUAAUAUUUCUUCUUUUUUUGUUGAUGUUAACUUGUUGUACUGUGAAUAUUUCCACCGGCUUCCUCUGAAUGUUUUAACACUCUUCCCCUACCCAGCCCUUGCUGUGUGACUGGGUGUGUGUGUGUGUAUGUGUAUGUAUGAGAACCUUAGUGUUCAUGGCCUUUGCCUUGUGUGUCCUUGUUAAAUGUUCUCCAAGUUACUUUCUCCAGGAUGCACAAGCUCUGUGGUUUCUGACCCCUUGAGCAAGGGCACUGCAAGAGGCGUCUUGCUGGCAUGGUGCCUCAGAAAGCCUAGAGGUGCUCCUAAUAGGCCUGGCUGCUUUGAUUCAUGGAGUGUAUUUCUGGAAUGGGACCAGUUUGCUGCUUUUAAAAAUAUUGUACCUGUAGAGUAAACGAAUAUGCCUCUGGGUGAGGAAUCAACUCCCACUGCUGUUACGUUGGCUAGAGGGACCUGGUAUUACCUUCCUUUUCUCUAAGCUGGUCUGUUCAUGACAAAGAGUCUAUUCCAUUGGCUCUCGCAGUAGAAAAGAACCUGUUGCUUUUACCCACUCCCAUUCUCUCUCUUUGCUCUAAUGUUUAAUCCUCUUUACUUUGUUCUUUAACAAAAGGAUUGUAUGGCUUAUGUACUGAGGUGCAGUGGUUGUGAAUCCAAAGACAGUAAUCUUUUCAAGAUACAGCUGUGUAUUUGUAGGUUUUAUCAUCCCAUUGAGCAUCUGUGGCAUAGCAUUUAAUGCUGAGAACCAGUGUUACCUCUAACAGGGAUUCCCAGAUGUUGUGGAUCACAACUCCCAUAAUCCCCAAACAAAAGCCACUGCAGCUGGGGGUUCUGGGAGUUGUAGUCAACCACAUCUGGGAAUCUCUCUUAGAGGGAACAGUGCUGAGAACCAGGACGGGAAUAUAUUGGGAGCUGCUUAUUCGUGUGAACAGGCAAGGCAGAUCUCCUUGCAGGAUAGCUAGGAAAAAUCACUCAGCUGGGAAACAGAAGGAAGGUGGGAGCAAAUAGCUUCUUCAGUGCUGUGCUUAUAGUUUGGGGCAGGAAGGGAAGUGGUUUCCCGUGUCUAGACAUUCACAAUGCCUGUCCCUAGUUGUGUUGUUCUUCUAGGCUGUUUUCAUGAAGGAAAUGAGGGAGUUUUCUCUAAAACUGACAAUCCUGCAGAAUUACCUGGAUAGCUGACAUAUGCCAGACUUGCCUAGUCCAGCUGAGGCCUGGCACAGGAGAAACAGAGAUCUAUUAGGGCUUAGGAAAGGAUGUGUACAACUAUUCUUCUCACAGGAGAUUCCAGUGUGCGUGUGUCUCUGCUCUGUAUGAUUGGAUCUGAUUUUUAUUUCCCAAGCUCUGUUUGGUAAAAAUAGCUCUUGAGGUUCAGAACCAAAUGCUAUAUGAUAUUGAACACAAAGCAUUAAAAGCACUUUCUUCAAAAGCUAACAAGAAACUCUUGGUGAGACUUGAUGAAACUCCUGUAUGCUGCUCAAAAUCACAUGGUACACACCACUCCAUGACAACUUUUAGAUAGGUAAAAUGCUGUAUACAGAUUAGACCCCAAAUUCCUAGCUGCCCAUCAUGGAACGCAGAUCUGCUCACCAAUAUUCAGAACAUUGCUGAUACUUAAAACUAAUUCUCUACAGUCCCAGAUUUCAAAAGAAGCCAUAGUUCCUGUGGCUGUGUUCUUCCAUGGGAAGUCUGCAGGCAAAUAGAAGACAAUUGCAAAAGUCACAAUUGUACGUUGCCCUAAUAUUGGUCAGCCACAUGGGGGCUCCAUAGCUGAGUGGUUUGAUGGUGGCUUGGUUCUGAAAAGUUGAGGCCCUGGUUGCUUGAGCCUGCCUUAGGUGCAGCCCAGCAGGGCUGUCUCCUGCACAAGCCUGAUUGAAAGGAACGGGAGAUGCACAAGAAGCACUAUCAUGCACUUGUGCAUCUCCCAAUUGUACCAGUGGGGCUUAUGCAGGAGACGCAUCCAGUGGAUGUCACGUGAUGGGCACAACUCUCUUCUGCCACCUCUCAUUUAUGUGGGAGUACCCUUCAUCACCCACUCUAUUCUUGAUCUAUACACCAAGAGCAAACAUGUCCAUAGUAAUUUUCUGUCCAUAGAUUUUACAGCUUGUAUCUGUUAUCAUCUCUCGUCUAGGAAUGUAAAAGUGCUCCUAAAGAUGUGUAAUAAAAUCAAUUGGACAUUGUAUGUCAAAAUAAUAAUAAAGUCUCCCUUUCUCCCUUUU